GUCCGAAUCGGAUGAAAUUCGGGUAUCAUCCAACUGUACGCUACACUCGAAUCACAUCCAUUUGUGACGGUAAUAAUGUGUGUGAAAACUGACUGACUGACUGAGAAUUAUAUAUGUACAACAGAUUUGAUCGUUUUCAUCUUUGAAUCAAUUGAGAAAUCAGAACCGUUGUGCAACAUUUUCAAUUGUAAAUGUCACUUAAAAUCUUCAAACUAUUCAUUAGCUCUAGAAAUAUGCACGAUAUAAUAAUCAUUUUCAGUAUAAAAAACUGUCGAAGCAAAAACAUUUUGCUUCUCUUUGGGGAUUUCCCUUUCUGUCUCCAAUUCGAAAAACAGCAGUUUUGACGCAGCAACCGUCACGCCAUCCAAAUGUGGUGUUCAAAGGAUGAAACAUUGUCGCCGAACGAUUCGUUUUGCAAAUGUCACUCAGCACAGCGGCUCAUUGGUGUAGGAACAUUGACAAGAAAUUGGCGCACAUUUUUUUGAGUGAACAUUCAACGAAAAAAGGCAAUUUUUUUUGCAGAAUAGUUGCUUUAAUUGCGAGACCAAAACCCUUUUACAGAUUAUUUCGCAAUUUUGAGGCGAGAUCCGCAUUGAGACAGGGAGACAGAGAGCAAACGAAGCCUGAUCUAUUCAAAUCGUUUGGAUUCAUACGAAGUGGACUUAUUGUGACCGAGAUCCAUCGCGAUGGCGAGGCGUAAGCGGCACAAUAAGACGUUUGGUAAGCCAAGGGAGAACAAAGUCCAGAUGAAAAAGCACUCAAUUGUGAAGAAAAAACGUGUCAAUCGGAAAGAAGAUCCAGAAAAACAGUCGACAGAAAAUGGCACAAUCGAAAUCGGCGCGAUCAAAUUGGCAUUUAAUUCGAUAAUUAAUCCGAAGUUAACAGAAACAGAAAGAGGAUUUCUGAUCCAUAAGUUCUUCGAGAAAUGUUUGAAUGCUACGAAAGUCAUGCAUCUUGCAUCGAUGUUAAUGCUCUACACAAUUAACGAAGCAUUUGAUGAUGGCAAUUUGGACUUCUUCGUGAAUCAAAACGGAGCAAAUUUGAUUACAGACUGUUUCAACUGUGUCACAUCGAACAACAUCAACGAUCCACUCACAGCCCAAAUGCCAGACACAUUUCUCGCGAUGGUGACCCAAGGUAGCCCCAACUUUGAAUGGCCACGCCGCCAUCAAAUGACUCGCCAAGUUUAUGCUCUCAAGGACCAGUAUGUGGCCAAUGUGAAGACAAAUUUGGAGACGCACUGUUGGGUGAGAUUGACCCACUUUCUACGUGUAAAGUGCCAUGAAUUCAAUCACAAAGGAAGCCCACUUGGCGUUAUUUAUGAUGCAUCAUACUUGCCUUUCGAUGACAUUGACAUUCGAAAUACGAUGAAAAAUUUGAUGUACAAUGAAGAUUGGACUUAUGAUGAUGAUGAAAGUCGAAAGUCGAAGAUGGAAAUACUGUUUAAGGAAGUGUCUCAGCUUUGUGGCCCAUCAUUCGUAAAAUACUUCACAAUGUACGAAUACAUUCAAAAGGACUGGUUCGAGUCUUUGUGGAUGAGGAUAGGCAUGCAACGAAUUGUAGAGAAAUUUUUGAUCGAUACGGCUCACCUUCGUGAACAGUGGAAAGCAUACGAUCGUGAUCCAGUGAACAAUCGAGAGCCGUCGGUACCGAAGAUACCAAAAGUAAAGAAUUUCGCCGCUAUUCCACUCUGUGAUACAAAACUGAAGCACAUACCAUUCGACCAUAAUGACUUGAUUGAUAUCAUUGGCCAGUUGAGAAAUGAACGGGGAUGGAAUAUCCGUGCUGAUUAUCGUACAUAAUACAAGCAAGGCGAGAACAAAGACGAGGCAUGGGGAAUUGUGUUCGAUAUGGACAAAAUCAGACAGCUCAGAACCGGUUCGAAAGAGUUUUACCACAAAAUUCAAACCAACAGUAGUGCCGUGUCGGUGUUGUUUAGCAGACCCAAACGCAAAGGAGCCGGCGUGACUCUGUCUGAAAUCAAAGCAAAGUACGAAAAGCCAGUCAGCAAAGGCGGUUACAAGUAUGAAUCAGGAAUUGAUCCCGGCCAGAAAACAAAAAUGGCCUGCGUGCGUCGGACUCUCGCUACUGGAAUUGAAACCAACAUCAAAUUAUCGAGUAUUCAAUAUCACUGGGGUGCGCGACAAGGAAUGCGCGACAAACAGGCCACGAAAAUGACCAGAAAGUACGUGCACAAAGAACAGCGCGACUUGAAAAGCUAUCCGAUCACAUCCGUAUCGCCGCGAGGAUCACAAUGGAAAUCAUUCAUUAAGCACAAAAUCAAAAUGCUGACAGAUUCAUUGGCUACAUACGCCAGAAGAAAAUACGCACAGCUAUCGUUGCACAAGUACAUCGAGUCUAAUCGCGAAAUGGAUUUGAUGGCUAAACACAUAACAAACAAUGAGACAGGAGUUGUGUUCCUUGGUGAUGCGGCGUUCCCAUCAAAUUCGAAAAUCGGUGUGAAAAGAACAAAACGAUCACCGGAUCAGCGAAAGUUCAUAGUUAGCCUAAAAAAGAACGGCAAAACGGAUGUUGUGCUUACACCAGAGCCGUAUACAUCACAAACCUGUGCCAAUUGCUUGCGGCGAUUUCCGAGAAGCACAAAAAGUGACCGAUUCAAAGUGUGCAAAGAUUGUCGCCCACACAAGGAUGUGAGACUCCCACCGGUUAUUGUGACUGAUCGAAGCAGACGGCGCAAGCAACGUGAUCGAAAACAAAAUGCCAGCCAAAAGCCCAGUGAUGGUUUUUCGUUA